CUCGUGGAAAGAAUGGGAAGGAAUCCAUGCUGCUCCAAGGACGGACUCAACAGGGGAGCCUGGACUGCCUUGGAAGACAAAAUACUGAUGGCUUAUAUUAAAGCCCAUGGAGAAGGCAAAUGGAGAAACCUCCCCGAGAGGGCAGGUUUGAAUAGAUGUGGUAAGAGCUGUAGACUCAGAUGGUUAAAUUAUCUCAGACCAGACAUCAAGAGAGGCAACAUUUCCCAUGAUGAAGAAGAACUCAUUAUCAGGCUCCAUAACCUUCUUGGUAACAGAUGGUCCCUAAUAGCUGGAAGGCUACCUGGGCGAACAGACAAUGAAAUCAAGAAUUAUUGGAACACAACUCUGGGGAAAAAAGCUGAAGGCAAAUCAUCUUCACAAUCCAAACAAAGAUUUGAAAGCAAAGCUAGAGCAAUUAAACCCUCGACCAGCACCCAACCAUCAAAGCCAACACAGACAACCCAAGUAAUCCGCCCCAAGGCCACUAGGUGGACCAAGGUUUUGUUCUUAUUACAGUCACCACCACCGACACGGACACCACCACCACCACCACCACCACCUGAAAUUCUCUCCUCAACAGCCAUGAACGACCCCUCUCAAGCUUCCUUGAUAAAUCAUCAAGAAGAUGGUCCAAAUUUUCAUUGCGGAACUGAAGAGGUUCAUGCAUGGCAUGAUGGCUCAGAUUUCUUCAAUUUCGGGAAGUGGAAUGAAAUUCAACCAAAUGAUAUAGAUGGAGAUACACUAAUGAAGAGUGGUUGUAACCGGAAUUUGUCCACGGGUUCUGAAUAUUCCUUGGGCUUAUUUGAUGAGCUCAAGUUCAAGGACUGGGCACUCAAUCAUUGUCCUGAAGACAAUGCAACUUUGGACCUGGAGUCUCUCGCACUUCUGCUUGAUUCUGAAGAGAGGCCAUGAGAUUAGACACUGACGAGAAACUACAGCAAAAUCUCCGCCCUAUAAGAUAUAUUGGCACCUGUGGCAUAUCUCAAUUGAUUAUUAUUCAUAGAAAUCAAAGUAAUAAUUAGCUUGUGUAGGGUGUGAAA